GCGUGACCCGUGGUUGUGGCCCGGUCUGACCCUGGCUGGUCUGACUCCUAACCUCUGACCCCUGACCUGUAACCCCAGACCCCUCUGGUCCUGGCUCUCCAGCUGCUGUGCUGUUUGGGUUCUGGUCCCGUCCGCACCGGGGGAGGGGCCAAAAAGAACAAUCAGCCAAUCACUAUGAAGAAGAGUCGCAGCGUGCAGCGUCUGUCGCUGGCCGGAGAAGAGGAGGAUAAUGACACUGAUUCGUCAGGCUGUGCUGAGAAGGCGGAGUCAGGGCUCUACAGCAGCUCCUAUACGUCAGGAGCCACUCUGGGGGCGGAGCUACGCAUGGGGAGGAGCAGGAGGCUGGCCUCCAGUUUGCAGGUUCCGUGUUGGCUCCGCCCCCGAGACAGGACACGCUCCCCUGAGAUCCUGAGUAACAUGCCGCGCCCCACGUCCCUGCCCCUCUGCAUCCCACCACGCAUCGCCAUCACACCUGCAGACACAGACAGUGAGCUGGAGAACGGGGUGUCUCCGGGCCAUACCCCUCUUGGCUCCCAGAGUCCCAGCCUGACCCUGCACCCAUCCUUCCCCCAGGGGGGUCGACGGGAGUCCUUCCUCUACCGGUCAGACUCUGACUACGACAUGUCCCCCAAAAACUCAGUCUCGCGCAAUUCUAUCGCCAGCGAAGGGCAUGCAGGAGAAGACUUUAUUGUUACCCCCUUUGCUCAGGUGUUAGCCAGCCUGCGCUCGGUACGGAGCAACUUCACCCUCCUCGCCAACAUCUCCAUGCCAACCGUCAAGAGGUCUCCACUGGGCGGUGUAGCGCCCCACAACCCCAGAGCAGCUCUAUCAGAUCAACAGUAUGAGCAGCUGGCUACAGACACUCUGGAGGAGCUGGACUGGUGUCUGGACCAGCUAGAGACCAUCCAGACUCACCGCUCUGUCAGCGAUAUGGCCUCCAACAAGUUUAAGAGGAUGUUAAACAGGGAGCUGUCUCACCUAUCAGAGAUGAGUCGUUCGGGUAACCAGGUGUCUGAGUACAUCUCCAGCACCUUCAUGGACCAGCCCAAUGAGGUGGAGGUGGAGCUGCCGUCCCCUCGUCUAAAGGAGAAGUCUAUGAGUCAGAUUAGCGGAGUGAGGAAUCUGUCCCACAGCUCCACUCUGUCCUCCUCUUCUGUCCCGCGCUUCGGAGUCAACACUGAACAGGAGGACCAUCUAGCCAGGGAGCUAGAGGACCUGGACAAGUGGAGUUUCAACAUCUUCAGAGUGUCAGAGUUCUCCAACAGCAGGCCUCUCAGCUGCAUCAUGUACGCCAUCUUCCAGGAACGUGAUCUCCUAAAGACGUUCCGCAUCCCCGUCGACACCUUCGUGACCUACGUGAUGACCCUGGAAGACCAUUACCAUGGCAACGUGGCCUACCACAACAGCCUGCACGCCGCCGACGUCUGCCAGUCCACACAUGUCCUCCUCUCCACACCCGCACUAGACGCUGUGUUUACAGACCUGGAGAUCCUAGCAGCUCUGUUUGCUGCAGCCAUCCAUGAUGUGGACCACCCUGGAGUGUCUAACCAGUUCCUCAUCAACACCAGUCAGUCUACUCCCUCUCUCUCCUCCCUCUCUCUCUCCCUCUCUACUCUCUCCCUCUCUCUCCUCCCUCUCUCUCCUCCCUCUCUCUCUCUCCCUCUCUCCCCCUCUCCCCCUCUCUCAGACUCUGAGCUGGCUCUCAUGUACAAUGAUGAGUCAGUGUUAGAGAACCAUCACUUGGCUGUUGGCUUCAAGCUGCUGCACCUGGAAAACUGUGACAUCUUCCAGAACCUGACCAAAAGACAGCGACAGAGCCUCCGCAAGCUGGUCAUCGAUAUGGUGUUAGCUACAGACAUGUCUAAACACAUGACUCUACUAGCUGAUCUGAAGACCAUGGUGGAGACUAAGAAGGUGACCAGUUCAGGAGUGCUGCUGCUGGACCACUAUACAGAACGCAUACAGGUCCUGAGGAACAUGGUCCACUGUGCAGACCUCAGCAACCCCACCAAGCCGCUGGGUGUGUAUCGCCAGUGGACAGAACGCAUCAUGGAGGAGUUCUCCAGGCAGGGAGACAAGGAGAGAGACAAGGGCUUGGAGAUCAGCCCCAUGUGUGACAAACACACUGCCUCGGUGGAGAAGAGCCAGGUGGGUUUCAUAGACUACAUAGUCCACCCUCUGUGGGAGACGUGGGGUGACCUGGUCCACCCUGAUGCCCAGGACCUGCUGGACACAUUGGAGGAGAACAGAGACUGGUACCAGUCCACCAUGCCUCAGAGCCCCUCUCCUCCCUACGACAAACACCUGCUCACAGACCGCUUCCAGUUUGAGCUAGCACUGGAAGAUGUGGAGCCCAACCACAACCACAUACAACAACUCAACGGGUCCAACCACAUGGUCAGACAGGAGAACGGAAACCAGGCCAAUUCAAAGGAGGACCAUGUUGAAGAGGUGGAGGAGAACCAUGUUGAAGAGGUGGAGGAGGAGAAUCAUCUUGAGGAGGAGAACCAUGUUGAAGAGGAGGAGGAGGAGAACCAUGUUGAGGAGGAGGAGGAGAACCAUGUUGAGGAGGAGGAGGAGAACCAUGUUGAGGAGGAGGAGGAGGAGAACCAUGUUGAGGAGGAGAACAAUGUUGAAGAGGUGGAGGGGAACCAUGUUGAAGAGGAGGAGGAGAACCAUGUUGAAGAGGUUGAGGAGGAGGACCAUGUUGAAGAGGAGGAGGAGAACCAUGUUGAAGAGGUUGAGGAGGACGACAAUGUUGAAGAGGUUGAGGAGGAGGACCAUGUUGAAGAGGUGGAGGAGAACCAUGUUGAAGAGGUGGAGGAGGAGAACCAUGAU